AUGCCUUUCGGCCUCAAAAAUGCCGGAGCCACUUACCAGCGUCUGAUGGACAAGGUAUUCCAGCAGCAAAUUGGAAGGAACAUGGAGGUGUACGUGGACGACAUGGUUGUCAAGACAUUGUCAGCUGAGGCUCAUGUCGCUGACUUGGCCGAGAAGCCGGAUCAUCACUCUGACCUCCUCCUCUAUCUAGCUGUGGCAGAGAGCGCCAUCAGCACGGUUAUCGUACAAGAACACCACAAAGUGCAAAUACCGAUUUACUUCAUCAGCCGAGUCCUUCAAGACAUGGAGAAACGAUAUCAAAUGAUCGAGAAGCUCGCACUAGCACUCGUCACCGCAGCUCGGCACCUCCAGCCUUACUUUCAAACUCACCAGGUGCUCGUCAAAACAAACUACCUGAUCAAGCAGAUCUUGAGAAAGUCGGAGCUCGCCAGACGAAUGAUAGCAUGGUCAGUAGAGCUGUCCGAGUUCGGCAUCAAAUAUGAAAGUCAUGGCCCCUUGAAAGCUCAAUACCUGGCAGAUUUUGUGGCUGAGCUCACCCCAACCUCGGCUGAAAAACAACAGGUAUGGACUUUACACGUCGAUGGAUCCUCCAAUUCUAAAGGUGGUGGUGCAAGUAUCAUUUUGGAGGGACCGAAUAAGGUCACCAUAGAGCAAUCUCUCAAAUUUGGCUUCAAGGUGACCAAUAACCAAGCGGAGUAUGAAGCGUUUCUGAAUGCCAGAGCCGAUCUCUUGUCCAAGCUCGCCAAUACAAAAUGCCCCGGGAAAUAUUGGACCAUCAUACAGGAGACUUUGAACUUGCCCAGCCUAGAUGACAAGGUUGUCAAAGCCAGUGACAGCGUAGAACGAGGAUGGAUGACAGGUAUUUGGAACUACUUAAAGGAAGGAACUCUAUUCGAAGAUAAAGACGAAGCUCGGAAGAUGAGGGUGAGGUCAGCCAAAUUCAUCAUCAUUGGCAACAAACUGUUCAAAUGUGGCAUCUCCACUCAUCUGUUGAAAUGCUUAGCAGAGUUCCAGACCACCUAUGUCAUCGAGGAGAUCCACCGGGGGAUCUGUGGAAUGCAUUAUGGGGCCCUCUCGAUGGCGACCAAGGUACUCCAGGCUGGGUACUACUGGCUCACACUGAAGUCAGAUUGCCAAGCUUACGUACAAAGGUGUAAGGAAUGUCAACAGUUCGGCAACGUACAUCGGCAACCACCUGAACAUCUCCACCAGAUGAUGUCACCGUGGCCUUUCGCCUAG